AUGUCGGCCACUGAUAUUAACCAAGAUUUCCCGGUUACUGCUGGAAUUCGCCAAGCUGCGGCUGUGAUUAGGUUAACGGUUGUGGCCUACACGGGGGUUUCCAGGAACUUGGAAUUGUCUGACUAUCCUGAUCAUAACUUGCUUAUUCCUCGCGAUAGAAUUUGUGCUAUCUUGGAUUGCCUUCGAUCAAAUCAGUAUGAAUAUUUCACUGAGACAGUCAAUUUUCUCUACUUGUUGUCAUGCCCUGGGCUGUUUAUUUAUUUUAUUGUUGUUCGAAACGCUCAACUUAUCGCAAGUCUACGUCCUUUUUGGAUGUACCGUCCUUCCGCCGUUUCUAUCCCAAUGUCUCGCUUUAUGUAUUUCUUUGUUGAGCCGAAGAUGAUGAUUGUAUAUACCGCAGAGGAAGAUAAAGAAUAA